UCUCAUCUUAGUAUCGGACUUGAUAUUUUCUCACUCAGACGGGCUGAGCGGAUCCUUUAGCCCGAAGGGCUAUUUCUCCAAUUACACAUUACCAUAUUUUCAAUCACCAAAAGAAUCAAGGACUGAGUAUGAUGAUGGUGAUGGUGAUGAUGGUGAUGGACGGAUCGAGGACGUUCACGUGUCGCCGCAGCAGUUAAAAAGAUUAUAGAAAAGGAAAAAUUUAGCCAUGAGAAAGCACUCUCUUCUUCUUGAUCUCUCUUUGUAUUUUAUCUGUCUUUAUUUCCAUGAAAGCGCCCACUCUUCCCCACGUUUCUUUCUUCCUUUCUUAACCAGAAACUGCUAACUAAUGCCAAAGCUAACCUAUAAAUAACCUUAACAAUUAACAGUUACAUUCGCACUCUCUCUGUUGGCGCGCGUGCUUCUUAUUUUCUUUUUAGUACCAAGUAGCAGCAACAGACAACCGUACACGUUCGUUCCUUCGUUCAUAAAAGCUAAAGCCCCUCAACACCACCACCACCACCACCUUACACCUUUCACCUUUGUCCGUUUCCUUCCCACUUCUCUUCACCACCGCUAAUUAAUCUGCCUCAGAACCCUACGAUUCUUCAAUCAAUUCUUGACCCUUAACCUCACAUUGCAUUGCACUCCACCGCUUUUCUUUUCUUUUCUUUUUUAUCAUGGGAAAGAGAAAGAUACCUUCUUCUACUCCUAAUAAUAAUAAUAAUAAUAAUAAUAAUAAUAAUAAUAAUCCUUCUUCUUCGGACAACAUGCCAUGCUCUUCUGGAGCAGAAUUAUUAUCUAGCAAGAAGUCUUCUCAUUUACAUGAAUCUAGUGAAUUAAAGCCUCUUUCACCUGGAAUGGAUGUCACAGAUAGGGCUGUAAAGCUGUUGAAUGCACAUCAGCAUUACAAUGUUGGUCGCACUAUGUUUUUGAAACGAUCACGUCAUUACUAUGGUCAUCACUAUUCUCGAAGGAACUCAGGGAACCACGCUAAUGCCUCAACUUCUCAUGGAAAGAAUACCUCUUCACACAAUGACAGACUUCCCUUCAAGUUGAUUAGUCACUCUGGUUCAGAGCUUGGAUACCAUACAGAGAACAGGGGAAAAGCAUUUGGCAGGCCUGAUAGGAUUAGGCUUAGUUCCUUGGUAAUGGAUUCAUCUGAUCCAGUGAAAAUGAUAUGCGGGAUCUGUCAGAAGCUGUUAAGACGGAAAUCAUAUUUUCUUGGAGACGCACUCUCUUCUGGGGGAUGCUCUAUUGUGGCUGUUCUAGUCUGUGGUCAUGUUUAUCAUGCAGAUUGUCUGGAGCAUAGAACAAGUACUGAAGAAAUAUGCGAUCCCCGCUGUCCAUUGUGCUCUGGCGAGUUCUCAAGAGGACAAGAGUAAUGUACAUAUUUGACUUCACUUUUAUGAUAUACUAAUUAGCUAGGACAGACCAGAUAUACUUAGAUGGACACCUUAGGCAGAAACAUAGGUGGCUGAUUUAGUAUAUAGAAGUCAGGAUGGAGAUUCAAGACUCGCAUUCUUUUGCAAAUGUCUCAUUAAAUGCUAAGAUAUGUAAAAGAAGCGAUUCGCUUUUCAUGCUUCAUUUUGUAUCUUUAGUUCUGGUGGGAAGCACUGUGUUUUUGUCAAGUGUGAUUUUACCAAUAAUGAUCUGACCUUAUGUUGUAAAAGUUCACAAUAUAUUAUAUAGAUUUGCUUCAGCGUGCA